AUGCCUUCAAAAGUUAUUCUUAGCGGUAACCGUAACAAGUACUAUGUCAUCUGUAAGGAUGGUAUGGUUGACAAAUGGAAGCAAAAUAAAUCCAUGUCUAUUGAUGAUGUCGUCUGUGAUAAAAAGAUCUAUGCUUCAAGUGGUGCUGACCCUCAAGAUUAUGAAGCUAGUUAUGAUAAUCCUGAUUUCAGAGAAACGUUUGGCUCUGUUCAGUUCGAAGACGCCGCUUGCAAGAUCCUCGAAAAGGGUCAACAAACUUCUUGUUAA